ACGAGUACGAGGACGGGAAAAUAACAAACUAUGAAGUUUAUUCAUUACACCAAUCAUCCCUCGUUAUGUACUUAUCUAUUCAAUUAACUACUUGUUUGAUAUUGAGUGGUUGUGUAGUAAAUGUUGCUAGUCAAGUAUAAUUAUAUAAGCUUUUUGUUCGUCGGUUUAAUUGAUAUAUAUAAUUUUUAUUUAUAAUUAUGUCUGAAUAUGGAAUAUUUGGCCCAUUAGUUGGCUCUAUAGACGAGGGCACGUCAAGUGCACGAUUUAUAAUAUUCAAAGCAAAUUCCUCUGAAGUAGUUACUUCUCACCAGAAAGAAUUAACGCAACAUUUUCCUCAAGAGGGUUGGGUCGAACAAGAUCCUUACGAUAUUCUAGAAGUCGUAACUACUUGUAUCCAUAAGGCCGUAGAAAAUUUGGUGGAGUUAGGUGGUAAACCUGAGGAUAUAAUUGCUGUGGGUGUAACAAAUCAAAGAGAAACUACGAUUGUAUGGGACAAAGACACUGGCAGACCAUUGCACAAUGCUAUAGUAUGGCUGGACAUGAGAACUUCAUCUACCAUUGAAAAGUUAUUGGAUACUGUCCCAAAUAAGACAAGGAAUAAGAAUUAUUUAAAGCCCCUAUGUGGAUUACCACUUUCUCCAUACUUCAGUGCUGUCAAAUUGAGAUGGCUGAGUGACAAUGUGAAUGCUGUUAAAAAUGCCAUGAAAAAUGGCACUUGUUUAUUUGGUACUGUUGAUACUUGGAUUAUAUGGAAUUUAACAGGUGGCGCAAAUGGUGGUAAACAUAUAACCGACGUCACAAAUGCCUCCCGCACUAUGUUAAUGAACAUAGAAAACCUAGAAUGGGAUCCACUAUUGUUAAAAUUUUUCGAAGUGCCAAAAUCUGUCUUGCCUGCAAUAAAAUCAAGCUCUGAGAUUUAUGGUUACAUAUCGGAUGGUCCUCUAGCAGGGAAACCAAUAUCAGGUUGUCUGGGAGAUCAACAAGCAGCUCUAGUUGGACAAAUGUGUCUUCAAAAAGGCCAGGCUAAAGCAACAUAUGGAACUGGUUGCUUCGUUCUUUAUAAUACGGGCGAUAUUCGCGUGAACUCCAGCAGAGGAUUACUAACUACAGUCGCCUACCAAUUGGGUAGCAAAAAUCCUCCGUACUACGCCUUAGAAGGAUCGGUGGCAAUAGCAGGAGCAGCUCUUGGCUGGUUGAGGGACAAUCUAGGUCUUUUAGAGAAUGCCAAAGACUCUCAAGGGCUGGCGGAGACCGCUACAGAGAAUGGUAGCGUCGUAUUCGUACCAGCGUUCAGCGGCCUAUAUGCUCCUUACUGGAGACAGGAUGCUAGAGGAGUAAUCUGUGGUAUUACAGAAGAUACAAAUUCAAAUCACAUAAUAAAGGCCGCCCUAGAAGCAGUUUGCUAUCAAGUCCGAGAUAUAUUGGACGCAAUGAACGAAGACUGUGGGAUUCCAUUACAAUUAUUGAAGGUCGAUGGUGGUAUGACAUCCAAUAACAUGGUAAUGCAAAUGCAAGCCGAUUUAGUUGGUAUAAACGUUAUAAAGGCCGGAUUCACUGAGAGCACUGCACUUGGAGCUGCUUUGGUUGCUUAUUGGGGUGUGGACAGCACUACCCAAGUUGCACCUAUACCGAUGAUGAAUGGGACAACAUACUAUCCUCAAAUCAGUGACGAUGAACGGGACAUGAGAUACAAACAAUGGAAAAUGGCAGUCGACAGGUCUUUAGGAUGGGAUCAGAAUUAAGCGAUUAUUUUUUGCCCAUCUGAAAACAUGUUAAUUGGAUUGUAAAGCAACAAUGUGAAAGUUUUCUAUAUUUCCAUUUAAUUUUAUAAAAAGAAAUACAUUUAUAUAACAUCACAUUCAUUUAUAGUUAGUAAUAUAACUUACCAUUACUUAAUAUAGGAAUUAUUAGAAAAAGGUUAUAAAUUAAAUACUUAAUGGAAAUACUCUUAAAUUAUUGUCAUAGAGAGUAUUGUUAUAAUUACAAUGAAGUAAUAAAUUUAAUGUUCCAAUUCCGAUAUUUAUUAUUAUUAGGUUUGUUAUUUGAUAUAAUUGUUUUUAAAUUUUAUUUAUACACUUCUGGACUAUUGUCUUUAUUGAAUUGGAAUUUGGUACGAAAAAUAGAUUUCGAAUAGUUUUUUUUUUUUUUUUUUAACUAAUAUAAAUGUAAUGAAGCAGCGAAAAAAUGUUUAACAUAGUAAAUAUUAUCGAACAUGUUUUCAUAACAAUAUAAAUAAUAAUACAAUAUAAAGAAAAAUAUAUGUUGAAUUUGGAGAAUUUUAGAUAUUAUGUCUUGAUUGCUUGUAUGCUUUACAAGUAUAAAUAAAAAAAAAAGAAGCCAAAUUAUAAUAAAUACAGAUAACGAUAAUCCCGCCUGUCACAAUGUUGCAAUUAAUAAUACCUAAAGCGAUUUAGCUUUAACGUAUAAAUAAAAAAGAGGCUUCAAAUUCUUAUUAGAAACGACCCGUUUAUACUUUUUACGAGAUAGUAACUAGAUAAUUUAUUGUUAUAUUUGUCACAGUACUGCAGGUACUUUCUCGUAUUGAGUACUUUUUAUUUAUAUGAUUUUACAAUUUUCAUAAUUAGAUAUUGUGUGGUAUGAUAGCAGAUACAAUAUUAAUUAUCUGCAAUAAAAAAAUUUGAACCAGGGAUAGGAUGAUAUUUGGAAUUUGCUAAAAGUAAGUAAAUUUAUUAUAAAUAAUGUAAUAAAUUUAUUCUCGAGUCUGAAUCGAUUUAAUGAACUGAUAAAUAAGUCGUGUCGUAUCAUUAUUAUAUGGUUGUCAUGUUUAAAAUGUUGUCCUAGCCGUACUUUUUGAAAAAAUAUUAUAUUAUUAUUGUUUUUAUUUAUUGUAAUUUCUGACUUAAUUGACAAGACAAAAAACAAGGCUGUAGGGCCUAAUCACAAAAUGUGUUUUAAACUAUAUUUAUUUUUAUUUUUGACUAUUAAAAAUUAAGUAGGUAUGUAUAUAAUAUUGGCAUCUUUUUAUUGUAUAUAGAGAAAAUAUAUUAUUAAUAUGUGAGAAAUAUUAGAAACGAACGUAAUGGACUCUGUUUUUGAGUGAAAAAAUCUUACAUCAUACAUAUAUUUCCUGUAAGGUAAUUAAUAAGUGAAUUAUAGGUCAGAAUUUAAUUUUAAUAUUUGUCAGUGUAAUUAUUUAAUAUAAAAAUAUUUCAUAAAUAGAAUUUUUAAUUAAUACUAACAAUAAUAUAUUAAAUUCAAUAAAACAAAUGUUGCAACAUUUAUCACGGGAAUUCGUUGUAAUAACUGACAACACUGAUCAUUAAGUAGUGUCAAUUUUAUUAUCAAUGUCAAUGUCAAGUAAAUUUCAAUUUGAUAUGCCAACAAAAUCCUAAGGACGAGUAUGAACUAAAUUUAUAAAUACAUUUGUGUCUUAACUAUUUUAGAUUAAGAUUUAUAAUAGUCUAUAUAAUAACACUUUAUUUAAACUAUUGAAUUCUAAUUGAUAUCCUAAACAUUAUAUAAUGACGCUCUGAAAUUUAGUUCAUACGAUUUAAAUUUUAAACUGAUUAUUAGUCAAAUAUUAUUAUUAUUUAUUAAUAUUAUUAUUUUUAUGAAAUGAAACUUUAUUAAUAACCCCUUUAAUAUAAACGGCCUUUAAUAUAUAAUUAAUGUCAUGUAUGUGCUGUCCAUUUGUAUAAGUUAUAUUUAUAUUAUGACAAAAUUUUCAAAAUAAACUCGGUAAUAAUUUAAUGUUCCAUUUGCAACAUCAUUAAUAAUUAUGAUAAUUAUUGACAAAUAAUGUUUUAGUAUGUAGACUUAAAUAAUUAGGUUAUCUUAUACGUAUAUAAAUAACUAUAAUGAGAUUUUAUGUUUGUAGUGCAGUUUUUUUUUUUUUAUUUAUGUUGAACAGGUUAUCGACUGCCUAAUGCAUUGUCGAUUCGGUUAUGUAUUCAAUAAUUCACACAAUUAUGUUUCUGAACAUGCUAUUAUUUUUUUUAUAUAUUAAAAUAAACUAAUUGCAUAUUUUUAUCGAAAUUGCAUUACAUUUACCAAUCGACUCGUCUCAUCUAGACAAAGCUAAAGGUAAAACUUUAUUUUAACAUAGCUGCAUUAUAAAACAAUGUUUAUGAUGUAACAGUACUAAUACAAUCCUUUUUAUUUUAUGUAAUUUUAUAUCAGUACAAACUUUUUGAUACAACACAUUACAACUACUUAGGAAAAGUGUUCACUUUUGUUCAUAAUUAUUAAUUAAAAAGGUGUCAGUUUAAAAUCAAUAAUUAUUAUUGAGGAGCAAAAACGAUUUAAUGUGAUGUGUAGUAUCAGUAAAUAUCAGCUGCUCUGACAUAAAUAAUUUUUUUUUCUUUUUUAAUUCUAGAUUUAUAUUAUCUAUAUUACACAUAUUUGUCAGCCUAAAUUUCAUUAUAGGAUAUGAAUGAUGGAGAAUGCAGUACCCGUAAUACGGGUUUUCAAUCUAUGACCACCCUUGCGAUAUAGCCUAAGAUCCUGCCGCCGAAUUAUGCAUGUAAAAAAUGUUUUUAUUGAAACUGGUUUUCAAUAAAAAAUGAAUGCGAAGAAUCAUACUGAUGAGUAUAUCAAAUUUACCGACAUUAUUAUCUAUUUUCUCCUGGCAACCCUAGGUUGCGGCUGAAAACAGAUAAUCCUAGUGUUAUUUCUUGUAUUUUCGUUCAUCUUUCAUUUAAAACUAAGUUUUAUUACAAAGUUAUAAACUUUCAUAAUUCACCGACAGUGUCUUAGGCUAACAGAAGGAUAAUUUUUGUGAUUAAUUUUCUAUAUAGUUAGUACAUUUUUUUUGUUUUAUAAGUGCUAAAAGACCAAUUUGUAAUCAAAAAAGACAUACGUAAGAUACAGAUUAUGUGUUAAAAUUAGUUACGAAAUCAUGCUAACGGUACUUUUUUUGUAGUAAGAAUAUAAUGUAAAAAUUUGUAAGAAUAAUAUUAAUAAUAUAAUUAUGUAAUUUAAAUUGUUGACAAAUAAAUAUUUUUUUGAAAUAA